GAAAAACGAUCGGAGAUCCAGGAGGUGUCUGCUGGACGUGGUGCGCGCCCUCGACGUCGAACGCCGUGUUGUAUAUAUUAUUUAUAUAUAGAAAGAAAGGAAAGGAAAAGAACAUUUCUGUGUUCACAAAUGUGUCAAUUUGUGUGAGUGUGUGUGUUUGUGUCUAUGCAGUGUCUGGUCUAGUGGAAUUUGGAAGAAGAAAGGCUAUUUGCAAUGCCAGAAAAGGCAAAAAAUCUGAAUAUAUCCCAAUUAUAUAUUAACCAGUAUAUUGUUUUAAAGAAAACUAAUUAAUUGCCAAUCGAAAAAGCGGAAAAUUUUCAAUUAUUACCAGUGUUUGUUCACGUUGGUGUGCGUCGAGAGUUCUAAAUAUAAAUAAAUAGGAAAAUCGGCUGUCGGCUAAAGCCGCAUUUAAAAAUAUUUAAAAAUUUUCGGUCUAGAGCACCCUAAUCCUACAGAGAAAGUCGUCCUGAGAGUGUGUACCCGUACCCCCCGAGCCGAUCCUCUGUCCGCGUGUUGCCCCGGUUUUUGUUGGCUAAUUAUAUAGCGAGAGAGACCUGAACAUGGAAACAUCGCCAGCAGCAGCCGCCGCUGAAGAGGCUGCCGUCGUAGUAGAACCUCCUGGCCAAGAACCAGUAUCGGAAACGAUCCAACGCAGACCACCACCCCGCAUCACGUUCAGCGAUAAUUCCAGCUCUUUAAUCCGCUGCAUUCCCAACGAGCGGGCAACGUUCUUUGUGAAAAUCGAUUGCGAUGAGGAUGAGGAGUCCGAAAUGCUGCCCUUCAAAUUCGAAUGGAGCCGUGGGGAGAUACCCAUUGAGAACUCCGAUCGCUUUCGGAUAACACAAACCAGCAAUGCCGUCCAGCUGGCCGUGGAGCACGUGCAGCGGGAGGAUGCCGGGCAUUACACGCUGUUCGCACGAACGAAAAGCAACGAUGUGGUGCGCAGGCACGUCGAACUCAUUGUCGAGGACAGAUCGACCGGAGACGAUCCGCCUGUGUUCCUGCGGCGCCUGGUCGAUCUCUCUGUCAAAGUGGGUACACGAACACGUCUCCUCACCGAAAUACGCAGCUCAACAGAUCUUAAGCUUACAUGGUACAGAAACGACAGGAGAGUGUGUGAGAAUGAUCGCAUUACAGAGAUCAACGAGGGCACGUUUCAUUACCUGGAAGUGAGCCCCGUGACAUUGGAUGAUGGCGGUCAGUGGAUGCUGAUGGCGGAAAAUUUUGGCGGUCGAAACUCGUGUCUGGGCACUGUGAACGUGCUGGUUCCCAAGGCGUACAAGACGCCCGAGUUUGUGGAGGAGCUGCGGGCCGUUCUGACAGAACAGGGAACUGUUUCGCUGGAGUGCAAGGUGGUGGGGGUGCCCACGCCACACUUGCGCUGGUUCAAGGACUCCAAGGAGAUCAAGGCUGGCGAUAUCUUUGCACUGACCGCCAAUGCCGAUGAUCCCACAUCUCUCGGGACGUACACCUGCGAGGCGAGGAACUGCAUGGGCGUCACCUAUUCUAGCUCCAAGGUUCAUGUGGUGGGACGCGGCAGUCGGGAGGGCUCUCUAAAGCCAGCGGACAACGUUUCGAGCAAUGCGCCGCCUCCGAUAUUCACAAACGAACUGCGGGACAUGAGCAUCCACAUCGGCGAGACAAUCAUUCUCGGCUGUCAAGUGGUGGUGCCGCCCUGGCCCAAGAGCGUCAGUUGGUACAACACGGAUGGACGUGUGGAGACCGCCGAGCGAUAUAAACUGAUUGAAGAUGGCCUGGGCGUCUACAUGAUCGAGAUUAAGCCAUCGGAGUCCUGCGAUGCCGGGGAAUGGAAAUGUGUGGUCACCAGCUUUGAGGGAUGUGUGGGCAUCUCCACCUGUGCAGUUAACAUGGACAUUCCCAGAAACUAUCGCAAGCCUCGGUUCAUGGAGAGCCUUCGUGCCGUUCUAACUGAAGAGGGUCUUGUCUCCUUUGAGUGUAAAGUGGUGGGCUUCCCAACGCCAGUGCUCAAAUGGUUCAAGGAUGGCCAUGAAUUGAAGCCUGGUGAUGUUUACCAGCUGACAGGAACCAAUUCCCUGGGGACCUACUGCUGCAUUGCCCGUAACUGCAUGGGAGAGACAAGCAGUACGGCCGUGCUCACUGUGGAGGACAUACAAAAUCAGCUUACCGAUGAGGAGCGCAUGGUAUUCACGCAACAGAACCAGGCACCCAAGUUUCUGACGGGCCUAAAGAGCACCGAUGCCAAAAUCAACGAACCCUUCCAGUUCAAGGUGGUGGUGAAGGCCACCCCGGAUCCCAUACUGUCCUGGUUUCGGGAUGAGCUGCCCAUCGAUCCGAACGACAGAUAUAAUCACUAUCGUGGCGAGAACGAUGACUGCUGGCUGCUGGACAUAAAGGCCGUCGAGUUUGUGGAUCAGGCCGAAUGGAAGUGUGUUGCCGUCAAUGAUUUUGGCACCAGCAUAACGUCUUGCUUCCUUAAGCUUCAGAUACCCCGGCACUAUAAGAAGCCUCGCUUCCUCGAGUGUCUGAGAGCGGUGCUCACCGAGGAGGGAGCCGUAAAUCUCGAGUGCAAAGUCAUUGGCGUGCCCCAGCCGGUGCUCAAGUGGUAUAAGGAUGGUGUGGAACUGAAACCCGGCGAUAUUCAUCGAAUCAUCUCUGGCCAGGAUGGCACUUGCUGCCUGGGCACGUACACCUGCGAGGCCAGGAAUUGCAUGGGUGUCGUCGCCAGCUCUGCAUCGCUGCUGGGCUUUGAGGACGCCCAAAGAAGUCAGAGCCAGGGCCAGAAGAGUGAGCCGCAGCACGAAAACGAGCUGCAGAGGAACUACUCGCUCUCCACAAUUCAAGAGGAGCGCACAUCCCAGAUGUAUGAGACGCCCGUUGGGGACAUAACCAUUGACGAGAAGGGUGAUGUGUCAUUCUCCUUCGAUGGCAAAGAGGUCUCCGUUUCGCUCUACGAAACGCCGGAUCUCACCGAGGAGGAGGCCCUCAAAAUUGUCGAAAUGUAUGCAGAUCAAAUAUCUGAGCACGUGACGGAGCACAAUAUCGUUGAGCUGCCACCGUUGCGCUUUGUCAAGGAGACUUCGCAGUCGGGAAAGCUACUGAUGGAGGCUGUUGUCAUUGAUAUAGCGCCCGAGUAUUUCAGCCAUGAGGAGGAUAUGCGCACCGAGGCGGAUAUGGAUGACAUAUCAAUUACAGAGAUCACAGUGCAUGGGUCGUCCGGAAGAGAAGGAAAACUCGACAAAGAGACGCAGCAAUAUGUGCAAGAAUCCUUUGAGAAAAUGGAGGAGGAACUGUCGCUGUCGGCCCCCAUACGGAAGCGGAAAAAGUCGCGACCCACUGAGACAGAUGAGUUCUUCAGCCUGUCCAAGGCCUCGGCAUCGGGUAGCCAGGAAGGGGAGGAAGAGACAUCGGAUCUGCAGACCUUUGCCAGUGCCCAAAUGUCCACAUCACAGAAGGUGGCCACCCAUUCAGCAUCUCAGGCCAGUCCGGAGCAGGACCCAGAGUCAUUGUCGGCACCAAAGAGGAAAAAGUCCAAGAAGCCUUCAGCCGACAGUGAUUCAUCAAAGACCAAUGAGGAUGAGGCACGGCUGCAGGACAUUUCCGGUGCAGUGGGUGAUGGUCUCUUGGUGACCCCAAAAUCCCACCCAAAAGCAGUCACCGACGAGAGUGAAAUCAAUCGAAAUCUUAUGGCCCUAGUGCCCCUAGCAAAGCUUCUCAAGGUAAUUGAGAAAUAUCUCACGGUAGUGGAGAACGAGGUGGUGGAGCAGUCCACCAUGAUGAUGACGGCGGCUGCCGCAGAUCAGAGCAUUGCAAUCAUCCGUAACAUUAUUGAUCCUAUCAAGCAAAUCGAAUCGAAGCUACGCGUCUACUCUGGCGAGACACAGAUCGAUGGCCUCAUCCAGUCCAUGGACGAGGACAUACGCAAACUCCACAUGGGCUUGCAGGUAAUUGAAAAGUGUGUGGAGAUAGAUGAGACUGGGGCAACGCUCAUACAGCGCACCAGUGUCUGCAUCAUUGACAGCGUAGCAGAUCAAAUGAAGCGGGCCCUGGAAGAGCUGAAAAUCGUGAGCCGACGAUUUGAGUCGGAGUGCCUAAGGGCACAAAUAGAGCUCACCGCCGAUGACAUCCAGCAGGGGCUGGAUAUUACCCAGGGCACCAUUAAGUCGCAGGCACUGCUUCAGGAGGCACAGGAAUUGGAGGCAGCUAAGCAUUUUACCGAAGCCGUCGAGAAGAUGCAGGAUGUGCCCGACUCUGUAUCCUUUGCCACCAUAUCGGAAGCCAAUUUGCCCAGCGAAGCGAGCGCUCUCAAGGAGAUUUGCCAUCCAGUGGCAAGGAUACAAGAGGCACUGGAACGUGUGGAGAUGGAGCUCUCGCUGGAGGACUCGGAGGAGCAGAUCUACAAGAAAGUGCAUCAGAAAGUGCUCGAAAGCAUUGUGGAGCCCAUUAAACAGCUGCAGAGUACCCUGCAGUCCAUCGAAGACAAGACCGAAUCCCUGGCAGGAUCCGAGUCGAUGGAGCAGAAAAUCAAUAUGGCCAUCCUUGAUAUUGUGACGCCGCCGCUGUUCGAGCUCAAUAAGGGACUCGAGGUUAUUCUUAACGAGAAAUCUGACAGUGUGGAGGGAGGCAUGCUUACAGUUAGCACCGUGGAAUCGAUGGUGCCGCCCCUGCAGGAGAUACAGAAUGGCCUGGCGCAGCUAGGACAAGAUCUGGAAAGUGGCCAGGCCGCGAUGACUGAGGUGGCAGAGCAAGACCUCCGAUCCGAGCCCGCACUGGAUGUGGCCGAUACGCAAAAACUCCUGCAGUCGUUUGCCCAGGCUGUUUUACAUUUUGAAACUAACAUUGAGAGGAUUUCGCCUCGCCUCUCGUCGAAUGUGAAAGUCCGCUUGCUAAAUCUGAAGGAUGAGCUAUCGGCAUUGAUUGGCACCAUCCUAGACAAAGAUAUAACCAGGCAUCACGUGGAGCUGCUCGACAGGCUCAAGCGGCCGGUGGAUGAACUCAACUACUGUAUUCGCCAGACAGAGGUCAAGACUAUUUCCGGCUCGUUAGCAGAUCUAAUUGAGCCACUGAGCAUGUUGCAGGAUAAUACCCAGAAGGGCCAUGGCCUGCUACUCAUUGCACGAGAGCCCGAUCAGCAGGCACUGCAAACGCUCGACAACAUUAGAAGCAUCAUUCGCAACGCAAUUAUCGAUAUUGAAGAGCACGAGUUUAAGAUUCUUCAGCAAGAGAUACAGGAGGAUGAACAGCAGGCCUCGCAGCAGCAGGACAAAUCAUUUAGCGCUUUACGGCGAGUGCUCGAGACAAAAGUCUCCCUUGAUGAGGCCAUUAGUAACAUUGAAACACUGCAGGUGGCAUUAAACAAAAUGACUGAAAGCCCCAGAGCCAGUGAUAUUCUCAAGGCAUCCGCAAACGAAGCUCAAGUAUCGCUUUUGCGUAUCCUGCAGAUUGCCAAGGGGCUGGCAACCUUCAGCGAAGCGGAGAGUACUCUCGACGUGAACGAGGCAAACACAUCCAGACUCUUGUUCGAGUGUGGUAAAAGCUUUGCUGACCUGGCCAGAGCCCUUGAUAAUCCAGCAGCUCAGUCGGAAGGUGAUUUCUUAAAUGCCCUUCAUCAUUUUAGCGAACUUGUUGGCCAACAGAAUCAGAGAUCAGACGAGAAACUCAGCAUAGCCGGUCCGCUCACUAGCCUGAUUCAAGUGCUCGAAAGAGUUCACCCUUUGAGGGCAUCUGUGGAAGAUCUAUCGGAAACAUUGGACGAUGUCUCAGUGCUAAAGUCGAUUGCAGAGUCAUUGCCCACGGAGCCCGAAGCAGAGCCCUUAAGCGGCGAGAAACCUUCACCAAAUGUAGGUGCCUUGCUUGCAGACCUAAACCAUGGAAUAGCUUCGGUUUUAUCUUAUUGUGAAGACGUUGAUGUGACUUCUCUAGCUAGCAAUGCUGGCCAGCAGGUCCAUGCAGUGAAAGUCAAGAUGCAGGAACUACAGAACAGCAUCGCUCUGGUGCAGGAGACAAACUUCGUGGAGGCUACUCAUUCUUUGUCGGAGUCCAGUCAUCAGGGCACUUUUGCCGAGGCCCUCUGCAGCCUGGAGCGCUGUGUCCUGCAUGUGGAGGAGUGUAUUGCCCACAGUGGAGUCGAGAAUAUAAGUGAACUGGAACUUUCAAAACUUAAAACAUUGGCCACACCGCUGCGCGAUGUAAGGGAAUACUGUGAACAGAUCGAUACUCAUGUGUUGGAGCAUGCCAUCGAUUUAUCCACGCAGGACGAUAUCUCGGACCUUAAGACCAGUGGGCAUAAGCAAACCGUUUCGGAUAACAUCCAAGGGGUAGCUGCCGUGGAGGAAGAGCCAAUGGUCGAAUUUUUUAAUAUAAAGCAAGGUGUGGCGAGUGGCAUCAAACAGCUCGAGGCCUGCCUGGAGGUCACCCAGACCGAUGCCAGCAAAGAACUCCAGCAAGUGGGUGAAAUAAUGGAGCAGCUAAAGUCAGAUCUAAAGAGCAUUCAAGCCGCCCUUGUCUCGGACAACGAUCAGCAGGAAACUGUCUUGGCUCAGGCGAAAAUAGCUCGGACCAUGUUCAAAUUGAAGGAGUGUCUAGUGCACACCUACGAAUCGGGACUGGUUGACUCUUUGGAGAAUGUGGAGAGUGCUUUCGAGGACAUACUACUUUCUUUGCCAGUUCUAGAGACACAAUUGGCAGAGGAGAUGUUUGGCAAAAUCGAGCAAGUCUUCAAGAACUUCGUUGUCCAUUGCCAGAGUGCAGAAGCACAGGAGCUUAUCACCCUGAAGGCACCCAUUGGGAAUCUUUUGCAUUCCAUACAAGCUGUAGCCGCUCAACCCAACGUUGAUGUUGAAAAAUCAUCUGCGGUAGUAGUUCAGCUACAGACUAGUCUGAUGGCUGCAUUCAGAAGUCUCAAUGAGGUUAGCGAAGCGGCCAGCAGUGAACUAUUGGGUGACCUGCUAAAAACCCAGACCAGCCUGGUGACCGUAUUUGAUUUCAUUGAGAACAACGAGAACUCGAUUCGAAUCAUAGAACUGUUGCAGGAAAUCGAUUCCAUUACUGGUGACUUGAACACCCUGAACCUGAUUCCAUUUGAACAGACAGUGCCCAUUGACAUUGGAAUGAUAAUCGAAAACGUAUCGUCAGGUAAAGCCUUCCUAACUGAAAUCGAGGAGGGACUGCAAGCCAACAAUCCCCAAAGCAUUCUUUUGCUCGACGAAAACACGGAGGAUAUUGCUCAGUUGGAAGCAACACUAAUUCAAAUAGAGAAAGAAAUUCUUUGUCAGCCUCAACUAACGCAGAUAACCGCACAGCAAUUCACUCUCAUAGAAACCCUGCAGCUGCAACUGAAUAAUCUCAAAGAGAAGCUAACAGAACUGAAUGUUUCACUUGCUGAGCUCCAUAAAGAAUCGGAAUCGGCCCAGGAAUCAGAAGAGAAAGAGGUCCUUUGGGAAGACACUGAACCCGAAACCAAAAAGCCAAAGGUAAUCGAUGAACCUAUUCCGUCAGCUGAGAAGGAUGUCAGGCAAGAUGAUCAAGAUGUAGAUAGAUAUAGAUAUAUAUCUGAGACUCCUGGACAGAUAUCAGAAGAAGAGGUCAAAGGAAGUGGGAUGCCAGUUGAAGAACUGCAGGCCGAUACUAAAAAAGAAAUUCACACCGGUGAGGAUGCUGACAAGAAGACACAAAAGUCAGAAACUUUGAAGGAAAAGUUCUUGGAUCUAUCCAAGGCACUUGCUCUCAACACAAAUAACGAGGCAUUGAAAUCAAUUGUGACAGAAAGCCAAGAUAUUAUCGAAAAUAUCAGUGAUGUUGACAAGGUAGCCAAGUCCAUUUUUAAAUUACGAGAACAUAUCGUUCACACCUAUGACGGAAAGCCAGGAAAUGAACAAUAUGAUAAGCAACUCGCGGAAGAGUUUAUCGAAGCCCUUCUAGCGUCCUGCCCAGACGCAGCUGAGCAACUAAUACACAACUAUCUUAAGGAAAUUAAGACAAAUGUAAUUUUAACUAAAGCUUCCAUUCAGCUUAUCGACGAGAGCGACAUGUUCACCAAACCAUCCUUGUUGGUGCCGAAACUAGUUAAUCUGGAAAGGAUUUCUGAGAAAAUUCAGUCUACGCAACAUUUAGAUAAGUCAUCUGAAAAGAUGAUCAGCUUGCAACAGAAUCUAAUGGACAUUUUUAUAAUACUUGAUGACCUACUAGACGAAAAGACGGAAAUCUUAAAGCCAAAGAUUGAUGAAAUUAAGACGAUUUUGCUCGGCGAGUAUGACUAUAUUGAAAAGAAACAAGGAGAUCUUCAUACUGCUAUUGUCCAUGGAAAGAUUCACAAUGUUACGCAGAAGAUGUUGAACAUUUGUGAAGAUCUGAAAGACUUGAUUGGCAAACAAACUCAACAUAAGGAAGCAGAAGAAAUUACAGAGCCUGAACUUCUUACCAAACAGAUAUCCGUAGAAAAGGUGGAAGAUAUCAAGAAACUUGAUGAAGAAUCAAAACUUUCAGAGGCUAAGACUUUGGAGAAACAAUCCAUCCAAGAACAGCAACUGGAUGAUAAGAUGCAGACGCACGCUGAAGAGGAUGCAGACAAGGCCAAGAAAGCUAAACUCUCUGACGUUCUUUCUGAAAAGAUGUCUGAACUCGAAGAGAAACAACUGGAUGAGAAAACACAAAAGAAAGCUGAGGACUAUGCCAAAAAAAUUACCCAACAGGCAGAAGAUUCUGAGGUUGUUGCUGAAAACAUACCCGAAGAAAAGGUUGAAGAAAGCAAGAAGGUCGAUGUCAAAGAUUCCAAGGCUACGGCACAGAAAGCAAAGGCUCUGGAGAAGCAACAACUCGAGGAUAAACAACUCGAUGACAAGAAACAGAAGCAAACUGAGAAGGAUGCCGAAAAGAUGGUCCAGGAGGCAGAAGAAUCUGAAGUUAUUGCUGAAAAAAUAUCUGAAGAACAGGUAGAAGAAAGCAAGAAGGCCGAUGUCAAGGAUUCCGAGGCUAAGGUACAGAAAGCAAAGGCACUGGAGAAGCAACAACUUGAGGAGAAACAACUGGAUGACAAGAAACACAAGCAAACUGAGAAGGAUGCCAAAAAGAUGGUCCAGAAGGCAGAAGAAUCUGAAGUUAUUGCUGAAAAAAUAUCUGAAGAACAGGUAGAAGAAAGCAAGAAGGCAGAUGUCAAGGAUGCCGAGGCUAAGGCACAGAAAGGAAAGGCACUGGAGAAGCAAGAACUCGAGGAAAUAAAACUGGAUGGGAAGAAACAGAAGCAAACUGAGAAGGAUGCCGAAAAGAUGGUCCAGAAGGCAGAAGAAUCUGAGGUUGUUGCUGAAAAAAUAUCUGACGAACAGGUAGAAGAAAGCAAGAAGGCCGAUGUCAAGGUUGCCGAAGCUAAGGCACAGAAAGAAAAGGCACUGGAGAAGCAAGAACUCGAGGAGAAACAACUGGAUGGGAAGAAACAGAAGCAAAAUGAGAAGGAUGCCGAAAAGAUGGUCCAGAAGGCAGAAGAAUCUGAGGUUGUUGCUGAAAAAAUAUCUGACGAACAGGUAGAAGAAAGCAAGAAGGCCGAUGUCAAGGAUUCCGAGGCUAUGGCAGGAAAAGCAAAGGCUCUGGAGAAGCAAGAACUCGAGGAGAAACAACUGGAUGGGAAGAAAAAGAAGCAAACUGAGAAGGAUGCCGAAAAGAUGGUCCAGAAGGCAGAAGAAUCUGAGGUUGUUGCUGAAAAAAUAUCUGACGAACAUGCAGAAGAAAGCAAGAAGGCAGAUGUCAAGGAUGCCGAGGCUAAGGCACAGAAAGGAAAGGCACUGGAGAAGCAAGAACUCGAGGAGAUACAACUGGAUGGGAAGAAACAGAAGCAAACUGAGAAGGAUGCCGAAAAGAUGGUCCAGAAGGCAGAAGAAUCUGAGGUUGUUGCUGAAAAAAUAUCUGACGAACAGGUAGAAGAAUGCAAGAAGGCCGAUGUCAAGGUUGCCGAGGCUAAGGCACAGAAAGAAAAGGCACUGGAGAAGCAAGAACUCGAGGAUAAACAACUGGAUGAGAAGAAAGAGAAGCAAACUGAGAAGGAUGCCGAAAAGAUGGUCCAGAAGGUAGAAGAAUCUGAGGUUGUUGCUGAAAAAAUAUCUGAAGAAAAACUUGAAGAAAACAAGCAGGCAGAUGUCAAGGAUGCCGAGGCUAAGGCACAGAUAGCAAAGGCUCUGGAGAAGCAAGAACUCGAGGAGAAACCACUGGAUGAGAAGAAACAGAAGCAAACUGAGAAGGAUGCCGAAAAGAUGGUCCAGAAGGCAGAAGAAUCUGAGGUUGUUGCUGAAAAAAUAUCUGACGAACAGGUAGAAGAAAUCAAGAAGGCCGCUGUCAAGGUUGCCGAGGCUAAGGCACAGAAAGGAAAGGCACUAGAAAAGCAAGAACUCGAGGAGAUACAACUGGAUGAGAAGAAAGAGAAGCAAACUGAGAAGGAUGCCGAAAAUAUGGUCCAGAAGGCAGAAGAAUCUGAGGUUGUUGCUGAAAAAAUAUCUGAAGAAAAACUUGAAGAAAGCAAGAAGGCAGAUGUCAAGGAUGCCGAGGCUAAGGCACAGAUAGCAAAGUCUCUGGAGAAGCAAGAACUCGAGGAGAAACAACUGGAUGAGAAGAAACAGAAGCAAACUGAGAAGGAUGCCGAAAAGAUGGUCCAGAAGGCAGAAGGAUCUGAGGUUGUUGCUGAAAAAAUAUCUGAAGAAAAACUUGAAGAAAGCAAGAAGGCAGAUGUCAAGGAUGCCGAGGCUAAGGCACAGAAAGCAAAGGCUCUGGAGAAGCAAGAAAUCGAGGAGAAACAACUGGAUGAGAAGAAACAGAAGCAAACUGAGAAGGAUGCCGAAAAGAUGGUCCAGAAGGCAGAAGGAUCUGAGGUUGUUGCUGAAAAAAUAUCUGAAGAAAAACUUGAAGAAAGCAAAAAGGCAGAUGUCAAGGAUGCCGCGGCUAAGGCACAGAAAGCAAAGUCUUUGGAGAAGCAACAACUCGAGGAGAAACUACUGGAUGACAAGAAACAGAAGCAAACUGAGAAGGAUGCCGAAAAGAUGGUCCAGAAGGCAGAAGGAUCUGAGGUUGUUGCUGAAAAAAUAUCUGAAGAAAAACUUGAAGAAAACAAGAAGGCAGAUGUCAAGGAUGUCGAGGCUAAGGCCCAGAUAGCAAAGUCUCUGGAGAAGCAAGAACUCGAGGAGAAACAACUGGAUGACAAGAAACAGAAGCAAACUGAGAAGGAUACCGAAAAGAUGGCCCAGAAGGCAGAAGGAUCUGAGGUUGUUGCUGAAAAAAUAUCUGAAGAAAAACUUGAAGAAAGCAAGAAGGCUGAUGUCAAGGAUGCCGAGGCUAAGGCACAGAAAGCAACGGCUCUGGAGAAGCAAGAAAUCGAGGAGAAACAACUGGAUGAGAAGAAACAGAAGCAAACUGAGAAGGAUGCCGAAAAGAUGGUCCAGAAGGCAGAAGAAUCUGAGGUUGUUGCUGAAAAAAUAUCUGACGAACAGGUAGAAGAAAUCAAGAAGGCCGAUGUCAAGGUUGCCGAGGCUAAGGCGCAGAAUGGAAAGGCACUGGAAAAGCAAGAACUCGAGGAGAUACAACUGGAUGAGAAGAAAGAGAAGCAAACUGAGAAGGAUGCCGAAAAGAUGGUCCAGAAGGCAGAAGAAUCUGAGGUUGUUGCUGAAAAAAUAUCUGAAGAAAAACUUGAAGAAAGCAAGAAGGCCGAUGUCAAGGAUUCCGAGGCUAAGGCACAGAAAGCAAAGUCUUUGGAGAAGCAACAACUCGAGGAGAAACAACUGGAUGACAAGAAACAGAAGCAAACUGAGAAGGAUGCCGAAAAGAUGGCCCAGAAAGGAGAGGUAUCCGAAGCUCUGACUGAAAAGGUUUCUGACGAACCGACAGAAGAAAUAAUCAAAACUAUUGUUACGGAUCCGACAUCCAAGCCUCAAGGGACAAAGGCUUUGGACAAACAGUCUGUCUCAGCAAAACAACUGAAUGAGAACAAGCAAAAGCAGGAUGAGAAGGACGUAGAAAAAGCCAAGAAAGCAGACGUUUCUGAAGAACCCCAAGAACAAUCGGUUUUGGAGAGGCAAUUUAACGAGGAACAAGAAGUGGUUGAAAAAAGGCUAAAGCAGGUUGAGACAGAAGCUGAUAAGAAGGCCCAAAGUCUGGAUACUUUAAAGGAAAAGUUAUUGAUUAUAUCCCAGGCGGUUGCUCUCGGCAUACAUAACGAGGCAUUCCAAUCAAUUGUAACAGAAAGCCAAGUUAUUAUCGAAAAUCUCAGUGAAGUUGACAAGGUAGCCAACUCCAUUUUUAAAUUACGAGAACAUAUCGUUCACACAUAUGACGGAAAGCCAGGAAAUGAACAAUAUGAUAAGCAACUCGCGGAAGAGUUUAUCGAAGACCUUCUUGCGGCCUGCCCAGACGCUGCUGAGCAACUAAUUCACAACUAUCUUAAGGAAAUUAAGACAAAUGUAAUUUUAACUAAAGCUUCCAUUCAGCUUAUCGACGAGAGCGACAUGUUCACCAAACCAUCCUUGUUGGUGCCGAAACUAGUUAAUCUGGAAAGGAUUUCUGAGAAAAUUCAGUCUACGCAACAUUUAGAUAAGUCAUCUCAAAAGAUGAUCAGCUUGCAACAGAAUCUAAUGGACAUUUUUAUAAUACUUGAUGACCUACUAGACGAAAAGACGGAAAUCUUAAAGCCAAAGAUUGAUGAAAUUAAGACGAUUUUGCUCGGCGAGUAUGACUAUAUUGAAAAGAAACAAGGAGAUCUUCAUACUGCUAUUGUCCAUGGAAAGAUUCACAAUGUUACGCAGAAGAUGUUGAACAUUUGUGAAGAUCUGAAAGACUUGAUUGGCAAACAAACUCAACAUAAGGAAGCAGAAGAAAUUACAGAGCCUGAACUUCUUACCAAACAGAUAUCCGUAGAAAAGGUGGAAGAUAUCAAGAAACUUGAUGAAGAAUCAAAACUUUCAGAGGCUAAGACUUUGGAGAAACAAUUCAUCCAAGAACAGCAACUGGAUGAUAAGAUGCAGACGCACGCUGAAGAGGAUGCAGACAAGGCCAAGAAAGCUAAACUCUCUGACGUUGUUUCUGAAAAGAUGUCUGAACUCGAAGAGAAACAACUGGAUGAGAAAACACAAAAGAAAGCUGAGGACUAUGCCAAAAAAAUUACCCAACAGGCAGAAGAUUCUGAGGUUGUUGCUGAAAAGAUACCCGAAGAAAAGGUUGAAGAAAGCAAGAAGGUCGAUGUCAAAGAUUCCAAGGCUACGGCACAGAAAGCAAAGGCUCUGGAGAAGCAACAACUCGAGGAUAAACAACUCGAUGACAAGAAACAGAAGCAAACUGAGAAGGAUGCCGAAAAGAUGGUCCAGAAGACAGAAGAAUCUGAAGUUAUUGCUGAAAAAAUAUCUGAAGAACAGGUAGAAGAAAGCAAGAAGGCCGAUGUCAAGGAUUCCGAGGCUAAGGUACAGAAAGCAAAGGCACUGGAGAAGCAACAACUCGAGGAGAAACAACUGGAUGACAAGAAACACAAGCAAACUGAGAAGGAUGCCGAAAAGAUCGUCCAGAAGACAGAAGAAUCUGAAGUUAUUGCUGAAAAAAUAUCUGAAGAACAGGUAGAAGAAAGCAAGAAGGCAAGCAAGGAUGCCGAGGCUAAGGCACAGAAAGGAAAGGCACUGGAGAAGCAAGAACUCGAGGAGAUACAACUGGAUGGGAAGAAACAGAAGCAAUCUGAGAAGGAUGCCGAAAAGAUGGCCCAGAAGGCAGAAGGAUCUGAGGUUGUUGCUGAAAAGAAAUCCAAAGAACAGGUUGAAGAAAACAAGAAGGCCGAUGUCAAGGUUUCCGAGGCUAAGGCCCAGAAAGCAAAUUCUCUGGAGAAGCAACAACUCGAGGAGAAACAACUUGAGGACAAGAAACAGAAGCAAACUGAGAAGGAUGCCGAAAAGAUGUCCCAGGAGGCAGAAGGAUCUGAGGUUGUUGCUGAAAAGAAAUCCAAAGAGGAGGUUGAAAAAAACAAGAAGGCCGAUGUCAAGGAUUCCGAGGCUAUGGCAGGAAAAGCAAAGGCUCUGGAGAAGCAACAACUCGAGGAGAAACAACUUGAGGACAAGAAACAGAAGCAAACUGAGAAGGAUGCCGAAAAGAUGGUCCAGAAGGCAGAAGAAUCUGAGGUUAUUGCUGAAAAAAUAUCUAAAGAACAGGUAGAAGAAAGCAAGAAGGCAGAUGUCAAGGAUUCCAAGGCUAGGUCACAGAAAGCAAAGGCUCUGGAGAAGCAUCAACUUGAGGAGAAACAACUGGAUGAGAAGAAAAAGAAGCAAACUGAGAAGGAUGCUGAAAAGAUGGUCCAGAAGGCAGAACGAUCUGAGGUUGUUGCUGAAAAAACAUCUGAAGAACAGGUUGAAGAAAGCAAGAAGGCCGAUGUCAAGGAUUCCGAGGCUAAGGCCCAGAAAGCAGAGGCGUUGGAGAAGCAAGAGCUCGAGGAGAAACAACUGGAUGAGAAGCAGAAACAAACUGAGAAGGAUGCCGAAAAGAUGGUCCAGAAGGCAGAAGAAUCUGAGGUUAUUGCUGAAAAAAUAUCUAAAGAACAGGUAGAAGAAAGCAAGAAGGCAGAUGUCAAGGAUUCCAAGGCUAGGUCACAGAAAGCAAAGGCUCUGGAGAAGCAUCAACUUGAGGAGAAACAACUGGAUGAGAAGAAAAAGAAGCAAACUGAGAAGGAUGCUGAAAAGAUGGCCCAGAAGGCAGAAGGAUCUGAGGUUGUUGCUGAAAAGAAAUCCAAAGAGGAGGUUGAAGAAAACAAGAAGGCCGAUGUCAAGGAUUCCGAGGCUAAGGCCCAGAAAGCAAAGGCUCUGGAGAAGCAACAACUCGAGGAGAAAAAACUUGAGGACAAGAAACAGAAGCAAACUGAAAAGGAUGCCGAAAAGAUGGCCCAGAAGGCAGAAGGAUCUCAGGUUGUUGCUGAAAAGAAAUCCAAAGAACAGGUAGAAGAAAGCAAGAAGACCGAUGUCAAGGUUGCCGAGGCUAAGGCACAGAAAGGAAAGGCACUGGAAAAGCAAGAACUCGAGGAGAAACAACUGGAUGAGACAAAACAGAAGCAAACUGAGAAGGAUGCCGAAAAGAUGGUCCAGAAGGCAGAAGAAUCUGAGGUUAUUGCUGAAAAAACAUCUGAAGAACAGGUUGAAGAAAGCAAGAAAUCGGAUGUUAGGGAUUCCAAGGCUAAGGUACAGAAAGCAAUGGCGUUGGAGAAGCAAAAACUCGAGGAGAAACCACUGGAUGACAAGAAACAGAAGCGAACUGAGAAGGAUGCCGAAAAUACUGUCCAGAAGUCAGAAGAAUCUGAGGUUGUUACUGAAAAGAUGUUCGAAGAAAAGUUAAAAGAACUCACGAAGACGGAUGCCCCGGAGAAACUGGAUUACAAGAAACAAAAGCCGACUGAGAAGGAAGCCGAACACGACUCUAAGAAAGUUGAAGUAAUCGAGGCCGUUGAGGUGAAGACAUCCGAGAAAGUCUCAAUAGAGACAGCUCAUAGAUCAGAAUCAAGAAAAAUUGUUUCUGAAGACAAUAUUAUUGACGAAAGAAAACCUAGCUCUCAAUGUGAUGUUGAGAGAAAUCAAAGAGUGGAUGAACCUGCUGACGCCAUUAGUACGCGAUCCUAUAAAUCAAUGGACUCGGAGUACAAGGAUAGAAAGGAAUUACGCAGUGCUAAGCGUAAACCCACCGUGGACAUACAGUUAACCAAUCGAAAUACGGCGUCGGGCAGUGAUCUUAAGUUGACCUGCGGGCUAUCUGGACACGAUAUGAGGGUGGAGUGGUUUAAGCAGAACACUCCGAUCGAGAAUGGGGCCAAGUACAGGAAAACAUUGAACGACGGCCUCUCGUGCCUUGAAAUUAAAUCGGCCGAACUAAAUGAUUCUGGCAUCUACCGCUGCAUAGCGUCCAACCAAAAUGGAGAAGUCGAAACUAGCUGUCUUGUGACUAUAUACGAAGCACCUUCGAGCAAAUUUGGCACCCCGCCAAUAUUUACACGCAACAUUCGAGAUGCAUACCAUUCACAGAGCAAUAGCCUCACGCUGGAGUGCAAGGUAUCGGGAAGCCCAAAGCCACACAUCUACUGGCAGCGGGACAACACCUUGCUGCCGCUGGAGAGCAAAAAGUACCAGUAUGCCGAGAAGAGUGACGGCGUAAAGCUCCUGACCAUAGCGAACUUUGGCAGCGACGACUCUGGACUGUACACCUGCUAUGCGGAGAGCGAGAACGGUCAGAUGAAGAUCAGCAAGUUCGUGCAGGCCUCCGACUAUGUGCGCGAGCGAGCGGCUGAAAAGAAACCCAUUGAUAUGGUCAUUCAGGAGAUCAAGCGGGAUGAUGAAUCCUCCGCUUCUGCUGCUGCUAGCGACAAUGCCGCAGCCAAGGCUAAGGCCAAGGCCCGCGAGGCCAAGCUGCGUCUCAGCCUGGAGACCAGCUUGAAGACCAUGACUAUUGGCAGCGGCAACAAGGCCCAGAUGAUUUGCUAUGUGACCGGUUUCAUCGAGGAUGUGCACUGGCUGCGGAACGAGGAGCGCGUGACGAAGGAUUCCCGGCACAAGAUCUACAACAUAAACGGGGCCAUCAGUCUGGAGAUAUACGAUGCCCGGGUCGAGGACAGUGGCCACUACAGAUGCGUCGUGAAGAACAGCAAGCAGACUGUGGAGAGUGCCGGACAGCUCAGUGUAUUGGAUCAGACCCACGGACAGCUGCCGGAGAGCUUCUCCAGUGCAAUAACAGAGUCGUACGAUGCACAGCGGAAUGAGAUUGUGCUCAGUUGUCAGGUGCAUGGACGCCCCAGUGUCAGUUGGAUGCGCGACGAUCACACGAUCUGCAACAAUCGCUACAAGACGGUGGAGGAGCCCGGUGGCGUUCGGAAGCUGAUCAUACGCAAUCCCAUAUCCUCCGACUGCGGCAUCUUUGCCUGCUAUGCGGAGCACGAGGAUCGAAUCGAUUCGAUCAGCACCUCCAUCAGAGCCGCCGACCUCAAGCGUCUCAUCACUGUCAGUCCAGACGAAGUGUAUGCGAUUGCGGAUCAGAAUGCGUCCAGUUGGUCGCGUAGUACAUCGCAUAUAAACACAGGAGCUGGUCACGUCAAUGGAAAUGGAGAGCUUCAGCGAGCCGGAGAUCACGUCAUGCGGAGCGUGGGCAAAGCCAAGCCGCUCUUCCACGCUCUACUGCACGAUCGUACCGUUUCAGAGGGAGUUAAUCUCCGGAUGGUGUGCGCCGUUUCCGGCGAUGAGAACACGCACAUCGAGUGGCUAAAGAACCACAAACCUCUGCCAAGAGACACGCGCUACCAGACCCUCUACCAGAACGGAGAGGCCUCGCUGGAAAUCUACGCUGCAGUGGCCGACGACAGCGGCAACUACACCUGCGCUGCCAGCAACGACUUUGGCGAGAGCCUUACUCACGCCCAACUGCGUGUCUACAAGCACUUUAAGGAAGCUUCACAGCCAAGUACUUUUACGCAGCCGAUUCGAGACACAUAUUCUCUCAACGAGAAUGAGUUAGUUCUGGAUUGUCGCGUACGUGGCCAGCCUCGCCCCGAUAUUACGUGGAUGAAGGGGAACGAGAUCCUUAGCAGCGAUGAGAAGUACCAGAUAACCGAUCAGGCCGAUGGGUAUGCCAAGCUGGUCAUUGUCAACCCCACCGAGAAGGACUCUGGCGUCUACUCGUGCGUGGCCCGCAACGAGGGUGCCGAGAACAAGAUGUCUCAUCAAGUGGACUUUAAGGGACGUGAACGGUACACACAGGAGAAGACGUCCGGCUUCUACCAUCGUGACCCCAAUAAGCCGCACUUCCUCACGCCGCUCGGCAAUCAGACCGUCUGCGAUGGUGGUACUGUAGCCAUUUCGGCCGAGUUCAUGCAGACAACCACGCCCCUCGAGGUGAAAUGGUUGCGAGACCGCCAGGUCGUCGAAGGUCCCAAUGUCCAGGCCCUGGCCGAUCGCGGUGUCUACACGCUGACCAUCAUGAAAGCCACGUCAGAGGUUGAGGGCACCUACACCUGCCGCGCCUCGAACGCCUACGGACGGAUCGAGUCGCAUGCCAAUGUCGAUGUGGCUGUUGGUGCCGAAAAGGACGAACGGCCACCGCUGUUCCUGUCUCGCCCAGAUACCGAAAUGAAGAUCGCUGUGGGUGAUCCCUUCUCGUUUGCGUUCCGUAUUGCCGGCGAACCGAAACCAAAGCUCACGUUCAUGAAGGGCACCAAGGACAUCACCCAAUCGGAUCGGGUCAGCAAAGAGGUAUCCGAUGACUAUACCAGAUUCACAGUGCAGCAGGCCCAAAUCUCCGACUCGGGCACCUAUUUCGUUGUGGCACGUAACAACUUUGGCACGGACAGGAUAUUUGUUACCGUCACGGUAAACCCGCGCGCUCGCUCCGCAACGCCAACGCAACCUCGCUGGGGCCUACCCCUGGACAGUUACAGCGACACAUCGUAUUUCAGAGAUCCCCCUGGCUGCAUAUCCACCGAACCUCUGGUCGUCGACUCCGGACCCACACACAUCUCCCUGUCAUGGGGCAAGCCCGUGAGUGCCAACUCGGCUCCAGUCAUUGCCUACAAGGUGGAGGCCUGGAUUUUGGGCCACGAGGGCGGCGCCUACUGGCGAGAGCUGGGACUGACGCCGAUCAACUCUUUCGACGCCUUCAAUCUAAAGCCCAAUGUGGAGUACCACUUCCGGGUCACGCCAAAGAAUCGCUACGGCUGGGGCCCGGCCGUCCAGACGAGCUCCGCUCUGCAGGUGGGUGGCGUCGAGUGCCUACCCGAGUUCGUCAAGAUCCUGCCCGGCCAGGUUAAGGCCCUGUUUGGCUCUUCCUUCACUCUCCAGUGCAACAUGCGAGGCGCCCCACGUCCCACAGUGACUUGGUACAAGGAUGGUAUUCAGCUGAGCAGCAGUUCUGAGCGCGUAAGGAUACGACAGAUUGGCUCUACCUGCGCCCUGACCAUAGCCACGGUCAGCGAUCUGGACUCUGGCCGGUACACCUGCGAGGCGACCAACUCCAAGGGCCGUGUCUCCACCUUUGCACGGCUUCAAGUUCUGUCCGACUCGCGGCUGUACGAGGCGGACUCCCGCCUGAAGGAAAUCGCCCAUGGACGUAAUGUGGCUGAGGUGGGGGAUUCGUUGCCAAUCUUCACCAUGCGUCUGCGGGAUCGCCGCGUCCAGGUGACCUAUCCAGUGCGUCUCACCUGCCAGAUUGUAGGGUAUCCCGUGCCGGAAAUUCUAUGGUACAAGGAUGAGGAGCUGAUCAACGCUGACAGGCGACACCUGAUCACAGACGAUGGGCAGUUCUUUACUCUAGAGAUUGCUGCCACAACGCUGGACAUGAGCGGCAUCUACACCUGCCUGGCCAAAAACGAACUGGGCUCCGUUUCGUGCCACUGCAAUUUGGUAGUGGAUAAAGGCAUUCGUGCCUACAUCUCGCCUGACUUCUAUGUGCCUCUCGAUCCGUUCUAUGUGUUCCCCGAGGGCUCUGAAAUACGCCUGUCCACAAAGGUGGAGGCCUACCCAGCCGUAGGUGUCACCUGGCAUCGUAAUGGCAUGCGCCUGCGCCCCAGUCGACGUCUGACCGCCACCCUGGACAGCAAUGGAUACGUUGAGCUAAUCAUUGCCGAGGCCACUGUGCGGGAUGCCGGAAUCUAUGUGUGCGUGGCCUCCAAUGUGGUCGGCAAGGUGGAGACCAUUUGCCGCGUGGCUAUCGAGGAGGAGGAGCACAAAAUGGUGCCGCAGCGUUCACUGGAAAUACCCAGCAUCAAGACGGACGAUCUGCCUUACUCCAAGGAACCCCUGUUUGUGGUCAAGCCUCGUUCCAGCGAGGCCUACGAGGGCGACAACGUCAUCAUAUUCUGCGAGGUAGUUGGCGAUCCCAAGCCCGAGGUGGUUUGGCUGCGUGAUUUUCUGAAUCCGGAGUAUUAUAAAGACGCGCCACAUUUUCGUAGGAUUGGCGAGGGCCCAGAGUACAGACUGGAGAUACCGAGCGCCAAGUUGGACUUUACCGGCACCUAUUCCGUCAUAGCCAGCAAUUGCCAUGGCGAGGCCAAGGCUGUAAUAUCGCUACAAAUAUUUGCCAAAGAUAUACUUAAAGAUAGCCGCAUGGAUAAGGUUCACACGCGACAUGGCAACAUCGAGACACUUCCGCGAUUCGUCCGAAACUUGAGAAAUUUGCGAUGCUGCGAUGGCGACGCCAUAUCGCUGGAGUGUCAUGUGGAGGCCAUGCCCGAACCGUACAUAAUCUGGGAGAAGGAUGGUCAUGUUGUGCCCAGUGACAGGGACUAUGUGAUGUCAUAUGACGGCACAAAGGCCAUUUUGAGCAUACCCCGCGUCUAUCCCGAAGAUGAGGGCGAGUACACAUGUGUGGCAAAGAACUCUGUGGGACGUACGCUUUCGUCUGCUUGCAUUAUCGUGGAUGUGCCCGAGGAGAAGGAGAACAUGCUGAGUCGCCAGCUAACGCGGCCAAGCGGCCUGCUCUCUGCCCACUCGACGCCACGCUCCACUCCGCGGUCGACCCCCAAUCGAAGCUUCUCGCCCAUGCGACGACUCUCGUACCGCACCAGCAGCAUCGAUCUGUCUGGAGUGGCGGAGCGGCGCCGUAGCGAUGCCCGUAAUGCCUUUACAGCUCCCAAAUUCCUUGCCAUUCCCUACAACCGCGUUGUCGAGGAGGGUGACAACGUCCGAUUCCAGUGCGCCAUUGGAGGCCAUCCCACACCCUGGGCCACCUGGGACAAGGACGGGCUGAUUGUCACACCCACCACGCGCAUAGCUGUGAAGGAAGUGGACGAUCUGCGCUUCAUCGAGAUCGAUGAGGUGAGCUUCGACGAUGCGGGCCUGUACCGCAUCACCCUGGAGAACGAUUUUGGGCGCAUUGAGGCCACCGCUCGGCUGGACGUCAUCCGAAGCUCACGCUAUUCCAAGUCCCCUUCAGUGCGCAGUGUUCGGGCCUCCUCCUCCCGCCGCAAUGCCUAUCUACAUAGACGAAUCAUGGGUCCAUCGACAGCUAUUGGCGGACGCAUGGCUCUGGCAAGCGGCUAUCGAGGCUCCUCAGUGCCGUCGGUGAGAUUCUACCACAACAACGUGGAGCUGGAGCCCACGGAUCGAGUGCACAUUCUGCUGCAGCCGGAGGACUCAAUGGCCAUGCUCAUCGUGGACAAUGUGACGCGAGAGGACGAGGGCGUCUACACCUGCAUCAUAAGCGGCGAUCAUGAUCCGCUCAUUAGUUCCACGAGCGUUACCUUCCACGAACCCAAUACUGAACAACAGCGACGUCGCGCUGUCAUUGCGGAACCUCUGGCCGAGAUCACCAAAGCGGUGGAGGGCGAGGCAAUCGAUCUGUGUUGCCUUAUCGACUGCGACCAGCCUUACAGCUACCUUUGGCUACGUAAUGGGGAAAUUCUACCAGAUAGUGACGAGUUUAACUACAUUGAUCACGGCAAUGGAUGCCUCUGUCUGCGCCUCAACGAACCAUUCGACAUUGACUCGGGCACUUACAGCUGUCAGGUGUUUACCUCUUCCUCAUCGCCCGAAAGCAAUGACAUCCUCCUUCAGAACUCCAACCCAGCCUCAGCCUCAGCCCCGGACAGCGACUGUGACUGCAGCAGCAGCGGGGAGCUAUGCGUUUUAGAGCGGGAUCUGUCCCAAAACGACGAGGAGUGCAUACAACUAUUAAAGACACCGCUGCCCGUGGUCUGUGGAGCGGGAGAGCAGGCGCUUUUCUAUGCGCGUGUUUUUCCCUGCAAAGCGGAAGCUGUCUGGUAUCUCAAUGGAAAGCCGCUCGCCGACGAGGCGGAUGACUCACUGAACAUGACGUUGGAGUCGUAUCCAGAGAACGGCAUUCGGGUGCUGCGCCUGCGAGACGUACAGCCCUCCAAGAGCGGGGAGAUUCGGCUGCAAGUAAAGCAUCCACAGACGGAGCGGCGCAUACCCACUGCCCGGACAUAUACCAGUCUGCUGGUCUUGCCUCUUGUACGGGGCAACAGUAGUAGCAGCAACGGAUCCUCGUCGCUGGCUGCCAGAAGCUGCAUUUUGACACGCCCCGAAGAUUGCACCGCCCUCAUUGGCGGUCAUGUGCGGCUGAGCGUGCGCUACGACCCAUUCCCGGGCACCAAAGUCAUCUGGUACAAGGCGUGCCGUGCCAUUGUCGAGGGUUCCAAUGUGACGAUCCGUACGAGCGCUCAACAGUCGACGCUCUACAUAACGGACAUCUCGGCCGAUGAUAGCGGCAAGUACACGGUAGAAAUAAUGAAUGACUACGGCGUGGAGGCAGCGGCCGCCUCGGUGGCCGUUGAGGGACCACCAGAGCCACCCAGCGGACAGCCGAGUGUAUCCCCCGGUCCAGAUCGCAUGGCGGUGGCAUGGUGUGGACCGCCUUACGAUGGCGGCUGCAUGAUUACGGGCUUCAUCAUUGAAAUGCAGAGCUGCGAUCCUGUGAACUGUGAUAAGGAAUACGAUGAAUGGCAGCAGGUGGCACGUGUUGUGGACACCCUGGCCUACACCGUCAAGAAUCUUCAACCCCAAAUGCAGUAUAGAUUUCGCGUUCGAGCCGAGAACAUACACGGACGCAGUGCGCCCAGCCAGGCUAGCGAACUGGUACAGAUGAGCAGCAGCCAGUACGGAGCCAGAGCGGGGGAGACGACCACCGUGGACUAUGGACAAGCGGUGAGCGUGCAGUCUGGCGGGGAUUUCAAGGCGCGCUUCGAGGUCAUCGAGGAGCUGGGCAAAGGCCGCUUCGGCAUCGUGUACAAGGUGCAGGAGCGUGAUCAGCCGCAGCAACUCCUGGCCGCCAAGGUGAUCAAGUGCAUCAAAUCGCGCGAUCGCCAAAAGGUGCUCGAGGAGAUCUCCAUCAUGCGAUCGCUGCAGCAUCCCAAGCUCCUACAGCUGGCUGCCUCCUUCGAGAGUCCGCGGGAGAUUGUGAUGGUGAUGGAAUAUAUCACCGGUGGAGAGCUGUUCGAGCGUGUGGUGGCAGAUGAUUUCACACUCACGGAGCUGGACUGCAUUCUGUUCCUGCGACAGGUGUGCGAGGGCGUCGCCUACAUGCACAGUCAGAGCGUUGUUCACCUGGACCUGAAGCCGGAGAACAUCAUGUGCCAUACACGUACCAGCCACCAGAUCAAGAUCAUUGACUUUGGCCUGGCACAGCGACUGGACACGAAGGCACCCGUUCGGGUGCUCUUCGGAACUCCAGAAUUUAUACCGCCAGAGAUCAUUAGCUACGAGCCCAUCGACUUCAAGUCGGACAUGUGGAGCGUAGGCGUCAUUUGCUAUGUGCUGCUCUCUGGUCUUUCCCCCUUCAUGGGCGAUACCGAUGUGGAAACCUUUUCGAAUAUUACAAGAGCGGACUACGACUACGAUGACGAGGCCUUUGACUGCGUUUCGCAGGAGGCCAAGGACUUCAUCUCCCAGCUGCUGGUGCACCGCAAGGAGGAGCGCCUGACUGCCAAGCAGUGCCUGGAGUCCAAGUGGCUGUGCCAGCGCCACGAUGACAAUCUCAGCAACAACAAGAUCUGCACGGACAAACUCAAGAAGUUCAUCAUUCGACGCAAGUGGCAGAAAACUGGAAAUGCUAUUCGCGCCCUGGGACGCAUGGCCACGUUAUCGGCCUCGCGAAGGAAUUCAGCCAUCGCAAUGGGAGCCCUGAACAGUCCGCGACCCUCAAUCUCUGGCCUGGGUAUGCUGAAUGCCGCCAGUGCCCUGGUCAGCACUGUGAACACGCAAAUGACAUCUCUGCACGAGGAGGAGGAUGACUUCAGUGUUGAAAUGCCGCACGUGGACAAGCGGUAUGCCCACGGAGCCCUUAAGCUGCGCGACAAGUCGCAGUGCAGCGAGCGCAGCGACUCCGGCUACAGCGAGUGCUCCAACUGCAGCCUAGGGGCAGCCGGCGUCGUGGCCCAGGAGACGCUGCUCCUGUCACUGGCCAAGUCCAAGCUGGAGCAGAUUGCCAAGGCGAGCAGCGGUCCUCUGCCAGUGGUCCUGGACUGUCCUGAGAGUCCUAUCACCCUGGAGCUGCCACCCAAAGGCGAGGCCAUAAUGCGCUCCGACUUCACCAACACUAUAAAGAUGCGGAAAAAGUCGCUGGAGGACAGUGCCAUGCGCGAGAAGCCGAAGCUGCAUGCCAAGCCCCUGUGCGAGUCCUCCAAGCUGAAGGUGUCCCAGUUGAAGGACAAAUUCCAGCAGACCAAAAUCGCUUCCGCUGCUGCUAACAAACCCAAGCUUGCCCUAGAGCCCAACAAGAUUACCAAGGUCGCCAGCGUGGGGCGCAUCCCUCGAACAGAAGAGACAGGGAAAGCCGGAAGCAGUAACAGCAGCUCUACUAAAGCUAAAUCCGCUCAAACCCGAUCCAUGCCUAGUUCACCGCUGCCUCAGCGUGCCGCCACACCGACGCGGCUGAUGAGCCAACGUGUCCGUGAGGCGACCGAGCGUCUUUCCCAACAGCACACUGUGGCCAGCGCUCAACGGCACAACAGCAAUGGCAAUGGCAAUGGGAUCACUAACGGCAAUAGCAACAGCAAUGGCAACGGUAAUGGAAACGUCCCAGAGAGCAGCCGAGAGUCACGUGCGCGAAGUCUCAUCAAUAGAUUCAACGAAACGAAACAUAUCACGUCCUAGAUUUAUGUCGCAUAAACGCCGACGAACAUAACUUUAUUAUUGCAGAAAUAAUUUGUUCAGACAAAACCCAGCAGAAAAUCUACGAACACUCGAAUAUAAAUAUGAAUAUGAAUGCGAAUGCAAUUGCGAUUGCGAUAGCGAACACGGGGUUAGAACACCAUCGCCCUCACCUCACACCCCAGCCACAGACACAGCCACACCAUAAACACAUUAUAAUCCACAUCCACAUCUCUGAUCAGAUCAGGCACUCCCCCUAAACGGGGGUAGGCACUGUACUUAGGCUAGAGGAAGCUAAAUAUUUAAAUUAUUGUAUCGAUUUAUAUACAUACUUAUUUACCAUACUAAUUAAAGUUACUGUAACGAAGA